CUCCACGAUUCCCAGUCACUCCCAACCCUCUCUUCUCUCCGUUUUGCUCUUCUAUCAGAGCCCGUCCUCCAGGCACCACUCGCCGGAAGCUUCUUGAGCCUGAAACAACAAUGGCUACUCUUGCCGAUUCGUUUCUUGCUGACCUCGAUGAGCUGUCUGACAAUGAAGCUGAUGUUCCUGUUGAAGAUGAUGGUGAUGUUGCGAACAUGGAGGAAGAUGUUGAUGGGGACUUGGCAGACUUGGAGACACUUAACUAUGAUGAUCUGGAUAGUGUUUCGAAAUUGCAGAAAUCGCAAAGAUUUGCUGAUAUAAUGCAGAAAGUGGAAGGUGCGCUUGAAAAAGGUUCCGAUAUGUCAAAUCAUGCACUAGUUUUGGAAGAUGAUCCAGAAUACCAGUUGAUUGUGGACUGUAAUGCUCUGUCAGUUGACAUUGAGAAUGAACUUGUAAUCAUCCACAAUUUUAUUCGGGACAAAUACCGGCCAAAAUUUCCAGAGCUUGAGUCACUUGUUCAUCAUCCAAUUGAUUAUGCACGAGUUGUUCAGAAAAUUGGGAAUGAAAUGGAUGUAACCCUGGUUGAUCUGGAGGGGCUUUUACCUUCAGCAACUAUUAUGGUUGUGUCAGUUACAGCUUCAACUACAAGUGGAAAGCCACUUCCUGAGGAUGUCCUGGAGAAAAUAGUUGAUGCAUGUGAUCGAGCCCUUGCGCUUGAUUCAGCAAAGAAAAAGGUUCUUGAAUUUGUUGAAAGUAGAAUGGGUUUUAUUGCACCAAAUCUUUCUGCUAUUGUUGGGAGUGCUGUUGCGGCGAAACUUAUGGGGAUGGCUGGUGGUCUUGCUGCCUUAGCUAAAAUGCCUGCUUGUAAUGUUCAGCUUCUUGGUGCUAAGAAAAAGAACCUUGCUGGGUUUUCCACUGCAACAUCACAAUAUCGUGUUGGUUAUGUUGAGGAGACUGAGAUAUUUCAAACUACACCCCCUGCUCUUAGGAUGCGUGCUGGUAGGCUCUUGGCUGCAAAAUCAACCCUUGCAGCACGGGUGGAUUCUACAAGAGGAGAUCCAUCUGGGAACACCGGGAAGGCCUUCCGAGAGGAGAUCCAUAAGAAAAUUGAGAAAUGGCAGGAGCCUCCCCCUGCAAAGCAACCUAAACCACUUCCGGUUCCUGAUUCUGAACCUAAAAAGAAGAGAGGUGGACGUCGACUGAGGAAAAUGAAAGAAAGAUAUGCGAUAACAGACAUGAGGAAGCUCGCAAACAGGAUGCAGUUUGGCAUACCUGAAGAGAGUUCUUUAGGGGAUGGACUGGGUGAAGGAUAUGGAAUGCUUGGUCAGGCCGGGAGUGGCAAGUUACGCGUGUCAAUGGGUCAGAGCAAACUUGCUGCCAAAGUUGCUAAAAAGUUCAAGGAUAAGAAUUAUGGAAGCGCUGGUGGUGCUACAUCUGGACUGACUUCAAGUUUGGCAUUUACUCCUGUGCAGGGGAUUGAGCUCUCGAAUCCUCAGGCUCAUGGACAGCAACUUGGCAGUGGAACUCAGAGCACCUACUUCUCUGAAACAGGAACAUUUUCAAAAAUCAAGAGGAUCUGAACGAACUGGAGAAGAAUAACCGUGGUCUGAGUGCCUGUAAUAUGCUUUACCGGAUCUGUGAAUGGUGAUACGACUGCUGUGGCUUCAAAGACCAACUUUUUCUGUAGAUGCACUACAAGCUGAGAUAUGUGAUAUUGGAAUUUGGAAAUAACUCUAUACUAAUGUCUAAUGAACUAUGUGCUUUUGGUUUUCUGUAUGAGCCUUGCAUAGUUUUUCACAAUAUUCUAUAUAUCAGUCAAAAAUAUGUUAAAUUUCAUUUUCCUUAUUAUUUC